UAACCGAAGUCCAAACAUCGAUAUUACACUUAUUAGAAUAUAAUUAAAUUAUGCAUAUUAUUAGAAUUUAUUUUGAGUUGUAGCGCAAUCACAAGCAAUCAAUACAUUAUUAUCACGCCUCUGUAAAGUUUUCAAGUUAGUAGUUUUGAUAUUUCGAAGAUGGAAUAAAUCUUGAGCUCCAAAAUGAGAACUGUACCGAAGUGGGUUAAUAAAAUCCACGAAGUUGAUAAAAUCGAGUGCUCCAGUGUGCAAACAAUAUGCUUUAGUCCUGAUGGUACACAACUAGUAGUUGGUGCUGGUGAGAAAAUAAUGGUGUAUGACCCUAAGGAAGGGGCACUUGUUCAAUUACUCCAAGCCCACAAAGGACCAGUACAUUCAGUGGAUUACUGCAGCGACGGUAAAAAAUUUGCUAGUGGUGGUGCAGAUAAAAAUGUAAUAAUUUGGAAUUCUAAAAUGGAGGGAAUUCUCAAGUAUUCCCAUAGUGAAGUGAUUCAAUGUCUGGCAUAUAAUCCAGUGACAUACCACUUAGCAUCAUGUGCAUUGUCAGAUUUUGCUUUCUGGUCUGCUGAUGUUAAGGCAGUUCAAAAAGUAAAAGUAUCAGGGAGAAUUACAAGCUGUGCAUGGUCAUUGAAUGGACAAUAUUUAGCUAUAGGCCUGGCAAGUGGAAAAGUUUCUUUAAGGGAUAAAGCUGGAGAUGAGUUUCAAAGGAUAGAACGAGAUGCUGCUGUUUGGGCUCUAGCAUUCUUCAAAAAUACACUUGUAGUUGCAGACUGGACUGAUACAUUGUCAUUUUAUGAUAUGCUCGGUCAACAAGUUGCUAAGGAGAGAAAUAUAGGUAUAUCGGCGUUGUCCGUGAAAGUAGUGGAUUCAUUGAUAUUAGUUGGGGGCGUCGGUGGAUGGGCAGUCCUGACCGCGGAGGGUAUAUCUGUAGUGACCACGGACCACGAAUGGGUUUGGUCAAUAACACCGUCACCAACGUUCAAUACUUUGGCUCUAGCUUGUCAAGAUGGUAGUCUAUGGUGCUACCAAGUUGUUUUGAGCACUGUACAUGGUCUGUACCGUGAAAAAUAUGCGUACAGAGAAAACAUGACCGACGUUAUAAUACAACACCUUACAACUGGGAAAAAAGUGAGAAUUAAAUGUCAUGAUAAAGUACAGAAGAUAGCGAUAUAUAAACAUAGAUUAGCAGUGCAAUUACCAGAGAGAGUGUUGAUUUAUGAGCAAUCGGGUCCAGACGGGAUGAUGUAUCGUGUGAAAGAAAAACUUAUGCAGAAGGCUGAAUGUUCAUUACUAGUUGCUACCAGUGACUCACUAUUACUUUGUCAGGACACAAAAUUGACGAUGGUCGGGGUAAAUAUUCCAAUAUCGUGGGAGAUGCCAACACCAAUCCGUUAUGUUAAAGUAACUACUUUAUGUCUCCAAGAAGUAUUACUUUUAGGUCUUCUAAAUGGCGAAAUAUGGCAAGUUGAAGUCAGCACGGGCAACUCCGACGUGUUGUUGACGACUCCGGCCUGUGUACGGUGCCUUGACAUUAAUGUUUCCAGGACGAGAUUGGCUGUUGUAGACGAAGUUUCCGUUUGUCGAGUGUAUUCAUUGCCCUCAGCUGAACUACUGUAUGUUGAGGAAAAUAUAUCAUCAGUGUCAUGGAAUUUAUGGUUUGACGAUUUGCUGUGUUUGUCUGGCGGCGAUCUGCUUUCGAUAAAAGCUGGCAACUUUCCGGCUGCCACACAACCCCUUAAUGGCUCUGUUGUGGGCUUCCAGGGAGGCCGUGUCUUUUGUCUCCAAUCAAAUGCGAUGCAGUCCAUCAAUGUCCCAUUGUCUCACGCUGUUCAUCAAUACGUCCAACAGAAGAUGUUCAAUGAAGCAUAUGCCGUGGCAUGUCUCGGGAUAACAGCAUCAGAUUGGGAGAGACUUGGAUAUGCUGCUUUAGAAGAUUUAGCAUUCGAAGUUGCUCGGAAAGCAUUUCAAAGGAGCGAGAAUAUUGUUUUUUUAAACCUUAUCGAUCAAUUGCAGGAACGUCUCGAUAGUGGUGAGAGUAAAGCAGUGAUUUCUGGAGAUGUAUUAGCAUAUAGAGGAAGAUAUGCUGAAGCGGCAAGAUCGUAUCAAAGCUUGGCACGAGUUGAGAAAGUCCUCGAUAUGUACGUCGAUCUACGUAUGUUUGGAAAAGCACAGGAGUUUGUCAGCGAAGGUGAAAGUUUGACGGCGUUGACACGUAGACGUGCGGAAUGGGCGCGUCGUGUCAACGAACCACGUGCUGCGGCUGAGAUGUAUCUCGCCGCGGGUGACGUACGGAACGCGGUUGCCAUUUUGGCUGAGAGCGGGAAACGGGAUAUGCUUAUAGAGUUGGCUCGUAAAAUGGACAAGGGCUCGAGUGAGUCCCUUCGGUACUUAGCUGAAGCGUUGGUGACUACGGAAGAAUAUGCAACCGCUGCAGAUGUGUACCAGCGCCUUGGAGAUUAUAGGAGGGUGGCGCAGUUGGUCGUGACCGCCGGCGAAUGGCCGCGCGCGUUCGAACUUGCACGCGAACACCCAGAAUGCAAGGAAGAUGUCUACAUACCUUAUGCGCAUCAAAUGGUCCAGGAAAAUAAAUUUAUUGAAGCCCAAAGAGCAUAUUAUAUGGCUGGCGAGACUCAGACGGCAAUACGUGUUCUCAACGUGCUCGUACGUAACGCGGCGAUGGAAGAGAGAUUUAGCGAUGCAGGGUUCUUGCAUUACUCCCUCGCGGCUCAAAUAUUGGAGAUAGCUGAUGACAGGGAUCGCAGUACACUGCUGCAUCAGUAUACGCACAAUGACCGGUUAGCUCGUAUGUAUCACGCGUACGACAACGUACACCGAUGCGUCCAUGAGCCGUUCUCUCUCAGCCAACCAGACGCACUACUAAAUGCCGCGAGAUAUGUACUCGCAUUAAUAGAUGGAGAUCCACCACCUGGGAUUUCUAUGUUCUGCCUAUACCUCUGCAUGGCGAAACAGGCAAAAGUGUUGAAUGCAAACUUAUUAGCUCGAAAGAUGUUGGAUAAAAUUUUACGCCUACAAAUUCCACAAAAGUUUCAGGAAAGUGUAGAACUCCUGAUGUUGAAAAGUGGCGGUUUAGUUGGCGCAAGCGAAAGCCCCGAAGAAGAAGUCGCACCUUUGUGUUGGCGCUGCCGCAGACAUACGCCAAUGUUUGCCACUCAUUGUCCCAGAUGCAACCACGCGAUGGCCUAUUCAUUGGCAACUCAUGAAGUGCUGCCCUUAGUACAGUUUGUACCAGCUGAGGGUAUUACAAAUGAAGAGGCCAUGGACUUGAUAGAUCGAAUGCUUUUACCCGAAGAGAAAUGCGAUGAUGGGGUGGAGAUACUUAAAAUAAACCCCGAAAUUGAUUCGUCAGAUCCAUUCCUAGAUAAGACCGACGAGGAUGAUGACAGCGGUGUUGUAGUUUGUUGUCGAAAGGCUUUACUCCAACUGAAUCCUUCUGCUGUGGUGAUCCUGCAGAAAAACGGGCUUUCCCCUGUUUUCUAUAGAAAUAUGCUACCCGAGUUGCCUGUCACAUCAUGCGAUUACUGCCAGAAUUUAUACUACAUGGAAGACUUCGAGAUUCAGCUCAUAAAUAAGGGUCAUUGCGGGUUCUGUAGACGUCCCACUGAUGAGGACAAAAGUCAGGAGAAUGGCAUACAUGACAGUUCUAAUAAUGACUCUAACGCAUCAACUCCUACUAGCCCCAGCAAUGGACAUGGAUCGUGGAGAUGAAUUGGCGGCUUCUGCCAUGACUAGAAUUUUUUAUUGUAAUAAUUUUAGAAAAUAAUUAUCCAAAACUAUCAUUGGUCGAGGAAGCAUUGUAAUUAUUUAAAAUAUGUCACGUUUAUAAUUUCAACAAUUUAUAAUCCAGCAUCUGUUUCUCUGAUGGUUUUUCAGUUGAAUCCUUCUUUGACACCUAUUUUCAAUGUAAGGGUUUGUCUCUGCACAUUUUGACAUUAGGUAGAUAUUUUAGGUAAAAAUUCAAUAUUUUGACAUGUGGGAGAGUCAUACUAAGCGAUUAAUCUCGCCUCAAACCCAAAGGUUGACUAUGUGCGUGGAGCACUGAUGGUUACUUGGCGUAUUAUUCAUUUAUAAUUGUAAAUGAAGUCCUGCUAACGAGUAACAAGAGGUUUCAGCUAGAAAAAAAUAUUUUGCCGAACCCAGAACGUUUUCGUUUAAUAAAUCAAGCAUUUGGUCAACAGCAUAUUCCUAUGCUCAGCUGGUUUGGAAGGCUGAAAACAUGCAAUCCCUAUUCGUAAACGUACGUAAAGCCGUAAAUACCUAAAGAAUGUUUCGCCAUUGUAAUGUAUACAAAAGGAAUUUGGCAUAAUUGACAUUUGCAAUAUACUGCAGGAUUUUUACAAAAAAUACUAAUUGUCUCCUUUGUAUGUUGGCUUAUAGUAUAUUUAUAAGUCGUUCUUGUCCCAACUAUUUGAAACGGUAGAUUUAUUGUUCACUGUAAAUAAAUUUUGCGUCACAUUGUGUUAAUUAAUGACUACAAAUUUUUUCGAUGUUUUUAUUGUUUUCACUCUGUAACGAGACCUGUAAUCCUAGACUUGGUACGAUUACUUUAUGGGUACCCUCAAACACAGUAACAAUUCGCGAGAUCUUCUCGGUCAGUCAAUGGUUAGACUGGUCGAAGAUCCACCCUUUAGGGUUGGAAAAAGCGCAGAACUCCACAUCUGAAAAUACAACGAAAAUACCUCGUUUAUGAGUAAUAAAAUGUAUUAUUAUCAAAUUAACAAGAAGUCAGAAAGAUGUUAUCCAUUUUAUAUUUACGAAUAUGACGGCAUUAUUAUUACAUUUUAUAUUAAUGACGGCCUCAGGAAAACGAGGAAAUAUGUCACGUCAUGUCAAUCAGGAUCAGGAAAAUUGCUACUUUUAAUUGAAUAGAAUAUAUUUAUUUAUAAUCUUACAGUAACUUCAAACUAAUACAACAGAAAACUUAUUAAUAUAAACAUUAAACUAAUAACAUAAUUUAAACAAAACAGGCCAAGCUUUGCUAUUGGUUUAAGUCCAAAUAGGUUUAAGUUCAAGAAAGCUCGUUGUAGCAAGUUGUACUAGGCUUUUUAAAUAAAUUAUUUCAUCACUAAGUAUUCUGCAGUGCAGUCUAUAAUCUAUGAUCCUAUUCCAAAACAGAAAUGUUAAAAAGAGAGAUACAUUUUUUUAAAGUUACUGAGACUGUAUUUAUUUCCGAGAUAAAUGUCCUGAGAAACCAGAACAGGUCGCUAGUACAUUAGAGCGCAGUACUACAAAUAUAAGUUAAAAACACUUGGUCUUAACGCGAGGUAUUCAAUCUAUGUUUUUGUUUAAAAAACAGCUAUAUAUUGUUCUAUUAAUUCAAUCUUUUUUUAUUGUCAAUGUGAAUU